AGAGGAGCAGAACUCGGCCGAAGAAAAAAAAAUCUUCAUCUCUGCGUCUGAGUGACUAGUGUGUGUGUGUGUGUGUGUGUGUGUUUUAAUGAGCAGACGACCUCUUUAAUUGAAGUCAGUCACUUGUUGCCGGAGUUCCCAUCGGAGGAACCGUCCUCUCUGAGGUCGCCCGUAGCGGCCGCGCUGCGUUAAACAACCUCGGUGUCUCCGUGGCCCCGUGCGUGUGCUCGCCUGGUCUGUGACGAGUGUCUUUCGGUGAGGACUGAGCAUCAUCCUCUGGCUGCAGCAGCCCCAGCCCCAGCCCCAGCCCUCCCCCUCUGCAGCCUCUCUCCACCAGUAUGCCCGACGCUCAAACGGAAGCAGGCGCUACCAUUUUGAAAUACAGCACCGCUUAGGUAAGAUGGUAGAUCCUUUUAUUUAAUCGCCCCCUGUUUUUUUUUUUUUUUUCGUCUGCAGCAUUAUUCUCAUCUGAGCCGCAUGAGAGCGCCAUGGACAAAAGCCACACAGUGAAGCUCUUUGUGGGCAACCUGGCGUUGGACACCACCCAGGAGGAGCUGUCAGCCAUCUUCGAACCGUACGGCCAGGUGGUCAGUUGCAGCGUGCUGCGGCAGUUCGCCUUCGUGCAUCUGCAGGGCGAGGGGGCCGCGGAGCGGGCCAUCCGCGAGCUCAAUGGGAGGGAGUUUCGUGGUCGGAAUCUGGUGGUUGAGGAGUCGAGGGGGAGGCCGUUGCACUCCACCAAGGUGUUUGUGGGUAAUCUAAGUGGCAUGUGCACCACGGAGGACCUGCAGCAGUUGUUCCAGACAUUUGGGAAGGUUCUCGAGUGCGACAAAGUCAAAGCCAGGCAUUCCUCUUCCGUAGGCUAUGCCUUUGUUCACAUGGAAAACAAGGAAGAUGCUCUCCAGGCGAUUGAAGCCCUUCAUGGCACCUCCUUCAAGGGCCGUCCCCUGUCUGUAGAGCUGUCAAAGGUCCAGCCCAGCAAACAGGCCCCUACAGGGAAAAUUCCAUGCGUUAACUGCGGGAAGCAGGGCCACUAUGCUGGAGAAUGCCCUGUGGGGAAGCCUUCUCUGGAGCAGUACCAGAGCCAGGCAGCGGUCCUGGCUGCUGCCGCCGCCGCGGCCGCCGGCCUGCCUCUUCAAGUCCAGCAAAGCGUGCACAAUUCAGUCUACAACACCUCCACCUUUGAUCCCACAUACGCUGCUCUCACAGGGAUUACCACUGGCACACGCACUGAUGGAAACCCUGUGAAUCCAGCUGUUUAUGGUGCCCUCGCCAGUCAGGUGUACGGCGCAAACGUUGCCAAUCAGCUAUAUGGAUCGGUGGCCAAUCAGGCAGCUCUGACAUCGGGCGCCACACAAGUGUAUAGCUCAGUGACGCCCAAUAUCUACGGCCAGAUGGCCGCAUCCCCAGCAGCUGCCGCUGCUGCAGCCGCCGCCGCUGCGUACUCGACUCCAGUUUACACCCCAACUAUGGCCAACCCCCCCGUCUACCUGACUGCUGCUCAUGGAUUAGAAAUGCCGACCGCAGCGGCCGCAGUCAACCCUGCUUACACUGUAGCUCAGGCAAUUUACGGCGCGGCCACACCAGCCUACGCUCACAUAAGCGCAAUGGGAGCGGCGGACCCUACCACGGCCCUCUUUGAGGCUGCCAGGCAGGCGCAUUACUUUGCCCAGGGCCAGCAGGUUGUGGCCGAGCAGCAGUCAGCGGCUGCCGCGGCAGCAGCAGCGGCCGUGGCGAAGUCUGGCGAGAGGGACCGCAGUCCCCUACGGAGGUCAGCACCUCUGCUACCAGACCCCGUGAUGAAGCCAUUCAUGUACCAGAGGGCCAAGCCACGUCGGCCGCUGCUCCCCACGCCAGCUGGCCGAGCAGCCGAAGAGGCGGUUGAAGCUGCGGAGGACCCCAUGGCCAGAUAUUAUGCGGAGUACUACCAGCAGCUGCAGCAGUACCCCCAGUUCCAGUAUGCCUACCCGCCGCCGAACACAGUGACCGCCAUCCCUGGCAUGCCGGGAGUGCAGGCCAUGCCGGGGGUCCCAGCUGUACCCACGAUAUCUGCCCAGCCGGUCGCUACGUUGGACGCCCUCAGGCCAGUGGUCCCCACCGCUGCGGCAGUGGCAGCCGCCAUGGCUGCGCCCAGGGUGUAUGAGCCGCCGUUGCCGCCGCCCACGCGCAAGGAGGCCAUCCUCCGCCGCCCCGAACUCUCCCUUCACACGCCUGAGCCCCCCUUCCGAUAGUCGCACACACCUACCUGCCCCUCUUCCCUCUUUACCCCGAACCCCAUCACCCCUCCCUCUUCCUCCCCAAACUUGACCACCAUACAGCAGCUGUAUGUAUGUAUGUUUGUGUGUGCGUGUGUGCGCGCGUGUGUGUGUGUCUGGGGCUCUAAGUGUGGGCUGGGCUUUGAAACUGGGGGCUCUUUGGUUUAAUAACCUGCUUCAUGAGGGACUUGAUCAGCUAACCUUGGUCCAGUUUGCACACACACAGUGCAGCCAUGAAAGUGAGGCUCUCAUCUGUUUUAUGGGCAUUCUUUGUGCUUCUCAGUUUUACUUUUUUAUUGUGCCAGUCUCACACUUGUGCCAGUAUUAGGCUGACCGAGUCAGUCAUCUCACAUGCCUUUAUUUCCGCAACCCAGUUAUGAUUUUCUGAGGCCAAAUCUACGACAAACGACAUCAGCCAUCCUACUUAGGCCUAGAUGAUCAGUUAGGGCAGCUAAUUUGAAACCUUUUUUGCCUUAUGUUGAAGAGUUUAUAAUGUGACCGGAUGGGAAGACAGUGGCUGCAUUGCAAUGUGUCCCAACAGAACCAAGGUUGAUGUGUUUUGGGGGAGGCGGGGGGGGGGGGUUGUCUGUCUUGAAUGCGUUGUGGAUGCGUGUGAUCAGGUGAGAUGUGCGGGCUCUUGACCUUCAGCGCACAAACGCAGCAGCUACGACUGCGCCAUGCUGAAACGACGACAACAAAAAAAAUAAAUAACGUAAAGCACACAUAUACGUACUGUAAUGUAUGUUCAGAUCUCUCCUUGGCCCCCCCUUUUUUUCUGAGUCCCUUCCCCCACCUUUAACCACAACCCUGAAAGACACUGCUUCACCUCUUUCUCCUUCUAACUACAGCUGCCUACCUCUGACAGUAAAUUUCAGCGCAGAUUCUGUUCUGUACUAUAUUCUUCUAUUCUUUUCACCCACUCAGCAGUUUCUGCUCCUCGCAAAGGUACGGGGUCAGCUUUUUAGGGAGGGAGGAGGCAGAUUUUAAUGACUUUUUUGUAGAUAUGCUGUACAGUAUAAAGUCCUCCUUCAUUUCCAGAGGCCUUUUAGAAAAAAAAAAAAAAUAAUAAUAAUAAAUAGCGCAUAUGUUUUGUUUGUGUUGGUGUAGUUUACAUGUUAUGUGAGUCAGCCUGGGAUGUAAUGAACUGUAAAUGGAAAACAAACCCAUGUGUGACUACUGAAUGAGCUGUUUACAAAGGAGCUUUAAAUUGCAUCCUGUCAGAAAUCAUGAUCAAAUGUGACCAGCUCAGUUAUGUGCCUAUAAGCCUUGAAGUGAAGUGCAUUAAGCGGAGGGAUCUCCCAUUUUAAGUGCUUUCGACAUUACUUUUUAAUCAUUUCAAGGAGGGGCGGCAGGAGCCCUCCGGAGCUUAGUACCCAGAAGGCCACGAGUAGUGAAGCUUUCUUGGACUCGCACUCCUGCGUUAGAUUUGUUUCACGUCGUAUGUUGUUUUCUUUGUUUUUUUUUAAAAUAAGCCACAAACCGAGGUUCACAAUUAGCCGCUGGUUUUAAGCAGAAACGAUAGUGAUAGCACCAAUGAAGCGAGAGAUGGGGCAGUGUCUUCCAGUUGCCACAAGUAUCCUCCUUUUAUCCUCUAAAUACCACGACCUGCUUUAGACUGGAGUUGCAAAAACUUUUCUUUUUUUUUUUUUCUUUCUGUCUGUUGUAGUUUAAUUGAUGGCUCUUAUAGGUGGAGGUGCCACACCCGGGCAGUCGGCAUAGCAACCUAGUCCCGAGUGGCAAACUCCACCUAUCUAGUUCUACAAUUAAAACAAUCACUUGAGUUUUUUGCAACUGCUAUUUGACAGCGGUCUGAUGCACACGGAGACCCCCUGAAAUCACCCUACUGCCUCGUUGUUUGCCCCCUCCCUCCCUCCCUCCUCCCCUUCCUCCUCCUCCUCCUCCUCCUCCUCCUCCUGUGGUUUUUAGUGGUUAAGUGACUUUUGCAUCUCACAGUGUAAUCUUUCUGUGUCGUAUAUACAAACACAUACCAGUUGCAUCCUUUGUAGAAUUAUGUGGUUUGCGAAAUGUCUUGUUUGCCAUGUUUGAGAUCGUAUUUUUUAGAGAAGUAUUUUCAUUUUGCCUUCUUCUUUUUUUUUUUUUAAGAAAAGACAAAAGGUUAAAAAACGGAAUCGGCAUGCUUUUUAUUGAGAAUAUGUAUACUCUAAACCUUAUUAUAAUAAAGAAUGUUUGGCUGACUACUACUGUGGUUAAAGAAAGAAAAGGGUUUGGGCAUUUCCCCUUAUUCUUGUUUAUGUUGUUCUUCUCCACUAUCUGUUUCUCUUGUGUAAAAUGACCACCAGACCCAUUUGACUGGGGACCCAGGGGGAGACAGGUGUAGAUGCUGGCCCAGCUUUGCUCUCUUUGGUCAGGGUAAGUGCGGGUUGGUGCUCCUUUCUCUCUCCAGCUUCUCAAACGCUCCGCAAACCAAAUGCGUCUUUGAAGGGGUUCGAACAAAUGAAUUCCAGCACUUAAUUCUGGCUUGGAGGCGCCUGACGCGGCCCCCCGCAAAUUGAUUUUCACGCAGACACGGCCUCACGCACCGAGUGAAAUUGCACCGAGAGCUGGGGAGAGGCACACAGAUAGAAUGGCUGCGGGUGCAUUUUGAUCUGUGGAGCAGCCUUGUUCCUGGGGGUUGAUGGGUGUGCGUCUGGUCUGGUCUGGUCUCUCUCCCUGCUGCACCAAACUUCCUCCCUCUCCGUGUGUCUCUAUGUCCACUCUGCUCUCAGAAAUGCAUGUGUGAUAAUCUGUGACUCUGCCGCAAAAAAAAAAAAAAAAAGAAGCAAAAAAAAAAAAAAAAAAAGCCCCACGACAGUCCAGCUCUGAACUAACUAUCUCAACUGAAUUAGGUCACCGUGCCACCUGGAACGGCCAGCGUGCAGUCGUGCGUGAGCCAUGGGGACGACUUUUAGCGCGACGCCACCGCAGUGGGAACUUGUUCUCUCUCUCUUCACCACCAAGGUAAAUGAAAAAAAAAAAAAAAGCAACAACAGCAAAAGAAAAAAAAAAACAUAAAAGCACUGACCUCUCCUCUCCCCACCUGCCGCCCCUCCUUUGACUGCGCCUUGCCCAAACACUCCUCCCCCUCCUCUCCUCUGCCAUCACCACCUCCCCUUCUCCCCCCCCUCCAGUCCGUAACUCCUCCUCCUCCUCCUCCUCCUCCUCCUCCUGCUCUGCUGAAAUGGCAGUGUCACACCUGCAGCCUUGGGCUUCUCCUCGGUGGGGGUGGGCAAGGGUGGGGUUGGGUUUAGGACCCCCCUCCGCUGGACUUGAGUCCUGUCCCGCAUCAGCACACAAGGCGGCCGACGGUUCCCUCUCUGUCCUGCUGGUGACUAAGUGUGAUAAGAGUGUGGCUGUGAUAAAAAGAGAGCAUCUUGUGUGGGAUUUUUCAUUGAUUGGUGAGGCUUGGCACAUUCGGUCACACCCCCGCCCUUCCCUUUGCCCGCUGGUCCUCUCCACCGCCGUAUUCGCCGCCCUCCUUCCCUCCCUCCCCCCUUCCUUCCCUCCCUUCCCCCCUACCUUCCCUCCUCCUCCCUGUCCUAUAUUGUCCCCAUGCGCCUCCUCUCUCGCCGUCCACACACACACACACUGCGCUUCCCCCCCUCCCGCCCGCCGCCACCGCCGCCGCCACCUCGGAUCUGGGUUCGUGGCUCGGACUCAACUUCCCAGAACCACCCACCUGACCCAAACUCCCCAUCCUCCUUUGUUACCGUAGAGGCCUGGGCGUUGCCAACGGACAGUGUAUGUGUGGUGGCCCGUCGCCGGACUCAGUAACCCGUGACACAGGGAGACUUCCGUGUCGGACAAGUCGCUUUGCUAAAACUUGUGGCGUUGCAGCAAGCGGCUGUGGAAGGGUUUAAGUGGAAAAAAAAAAAAACAACCUCAGACUAUAGGGGUUAAGCAGCUGCUUACAUUUGGGUCGCUCACUGCCCGUGUGCCAAUCAGAAACGUCCUAUAAGAUGGGCUCCGAUGUGGGGCCAAUCUGACCUGUAGAUUCUCAUCAGUCUCAGGAUUCCUAUAGGACUUUUCUGGUACGGCAGCUCUGUUCCUCUAUUUCUGGGAUCAGCUGGACCGGUUGGAUAUGUUGUGACUUGUAUGUGUUCUCACCUGCUUGUUCUGAGACAGAGGGCUUAAACCUGACACACAAUCGAUCCCACACUCACUGUCUUUCGGUAUGAGUUGUCUGGCAUUUGCUCCGACAGCCUUCAGGGCGCGAUGGAGGCGAAGACGGCGUCGCCUUCUGUAUGCCUAACAAACAAAGGGAAGGGAGACGGGAGGUGGAGGGGAAUGGAUAGAUGGGUUGAUUAUAAGGUGAGCUGGUAAUGAAAGGGUUCUGUGUUUAGGCUGCUCCCCUAACCAUGCCUUUCUGAUCUUGGAGGACCCUAUAAUGUUGAUUUUCAAAAUCUUAAAUCCGCUUAAUAUUCAUCUACCAAAGGGCAAAAAAAAAAAAUCCUACCAAGCUGGAUUCGCAUUUGCAAAGCAGUGCAGCGUGAUUUGCAUGCGGUUGGGAGAUUCGGUGCAACCACAUCCCAGUUUUAUUACAGCUGCAGAAUGAGUAGGGGAAAAGAGGAAAAAAAAAAAGCACCAGCCUCAGCCUCCAUGAUCAGGGCACACGGUGCUCCAGUUAUUCCCCCUGCAGCCAUCUCAUCCUCCCGCUCCACUCUUCCUCACUUAAAGGCUUCCUCUGGUGCUUGUGAGCCUGGGCUUCCCGUGCUUUGGGUGAAUGCAGCCACGCAUCUCUAAAACCCCUUCUCUGAAUUCACAGUUGCGCUGUAUUGACGGCCAAAAGCUCCCUGCAGCCUCCUCUCUCCCACCACUUCCUAACCCAUACUCCCCCACCCCUUGCCUUCUGUGGUUCGGACAGACGAAGAAUUCAAAUAGUCUACACACACGCGCACACACUCACAUCCUUGUAUUGUGUUGUUUUGACGGGAUCCUGCAGGUAACAGCUGUUUUUCUGCAGCAGAUAUCAGCUGAGGUGCACAAGUGCGUGCGUCUGGAAUACAGCCCACUCCGGUUAGCACAACUCAUUUAGACCACAUUGCCUUUUGAGUUUGCGAGCUGAGAUUCUGCAGGUUUAAUCGAAGUGACGCUCCUAGGUCUUCUAGCACAGAUGCCAAUUACAGAUGCUCAUCCUUUCUUCGGGUGAAGACACCAACGGUGGUCUUCACCCUAAACAUUACCUCAUGUUGAGGAGGGCGAGACAAUACGAACUCCUGCAGAAUGCAGCGCAGUUCAAUACUGCGUCGCUGCAAGGAUUAUUUACACCUCCAAGCAGCUCACAAUGUUCAGUAGAUGUUGAAAAGCACACAGGCUUUGACUAUUUUCUCUUUUUCUCUUGUUAUGCGCUGAGUUCUUCUGGUGUAUUGGCUUGCAAUACAUUGGUGAGGUGUUCAAGUUAUUUUGUCCACCCCCUGUUUUUGUGUUUAAUAGCCACCAGUGGCCAAAUCUGUCUGAUUCUGUGGUCCAUUCAUUAUAUAUAUAUUAUAAAAAACAAUCACAUAUUGGCAUCAGUAUUUACGGUUAUCAGCCAUUUCAUUUCAUCGCACAAGAAUAAACCUAAUAAUGACCGCAAAUAGUCGCACAGUAGCUACGCUUCUACAAGUAGGUUAAUGGACCAACAUCAGUGUAGUUAAAUUAGAUGCUUGAUUAAUUAUGAUGUAAAUCGCUCUAGUUCCCAAAGAUGACGAGGGUGACCGAAUAAUGUGUCAUCUCCAGAGCACAGCAAUCUGGAUCCGCUCAUUUCAAAGGGAUUUGAUCCGGCACAAAGCUGAAUGUGAGCGGAUUUUUUUUUUCUUUUUUUCUUUUUUUGUUGGUGAAUGUUAGAGUCAACAUGUUUACUGUGAAUGACAAAUCCUGAUAUAAACACAUAUUCUACUGUAUGGUUGUGCAUAUACAUAUAUAUAUAAAUGCCUUUAUAAUCUGUAUUUCUUAAAAUGUUGCAUGGACAUCAUAAAUAAAUUCGUUUUUUUCUCA